AUCCUUGUUACAUAUUUCAGGUUAUUAUAUUUCAUUAUAUAUUAUCACGUCGUAGUGUUAAGAUUAGGUAACACGAUGCCUAACUCGAAGUUGUUGGUUUUUAUUGGAGUGGGACUUACAUUUGUAGUUUUCGUCAUUCAUCAUUACUCAAAUGUGAUAUCGCAACAACUAAACAUGGUGAAAGAGAUCGCGGAAACCGUGGAACAUGAAGAAAAAAUUGUUGUUGCGCAACUCCAGCACAUUCCGGUCAUCGAACAACCGGAAGAAAGCAAAGGGCUUGGAACCCCCGGCGAAGCUACCCCUCAACAAGAAUUUGAACGAUUAUGGAACUACAUUUAUAAAAUGCAGUACAAAUGCACGAAUAGCGAAUACCUCGGUGGACGUGCCAUAGACCGUGAUGGAGCUUACGACUUAUGCAAAGAACCAAAGUUCUGGGAGCGGGCAAACGAUCCCAACUACAAAUGCCUUAUGUAUUCCUUUGGUGUCGGAAAUGAUUUUACUUUUGAUGACGAGGUUGCAAAGCGCGGAUGUGAAGUUCAUUCCUUUGAUCCAACAAUGGACCUUUCGGAUGGUCACGUGAGAGAUUCAGGUGUCGUAUUUCACAAACUGGGAAUUUCAAGUGAAAAUAUUGACAAAGAUGCUAAUGGCUGGAAAAUGAGGAACUUUAAAACGCUGAUUAAAGAGCUUGGACACAACGGAAGAUAUAUGGAUUAUUUAAAAAUUGAUACAGACGCUCCACAAGGAGGAUUUGAAGACACCUUGAUGCAAGAACUACUGGACACUGGUUUGUACAAGUGCGUUCGACAGUACGCCCAGGAAAUCCAUCUGUUGGGUCCCAUUUCAAAUCCUGACAAAUUGAAGCGAUGCAGAAAUAUUUACCGACAACUGACGACAUUGAAUGAGCAUGGUUGGCGAUUGUACAAUAACACAGACAACGUAAGAGCAACGAGAAUCGUCCAAAAAAACCCAAAUUUUCAACAGAUUCAGAAUAAAGCGGGCAUGGUUAAUAAAGGUGGAGCAAUUUUAUGGGAAACUGCAUUUGUUAACUUUAAAGUAGAAAGUCCGUGCAAAGUUGAAUGAUAUUCAUGAAUAUUUCGUUUACAUAUCUAAAACGGCGUGUUUUUAGACGUAAUUUAUACAACAUAACGAACUUAAAAGCAUAAAAAUACUCAAAUAACGAGGUUAUAAAAUAUUAGAAACAUUUACCCGUAUAUACAAUAGAAUAAUGCAACCACAUUUAUUGUUUAUGAUGUGUCUGGAUAUUGCUUAUAUCUUGUUUUUUUAAAGUAGCUUUUUAAUAAAUGUAGUAGUAUAGCUUUCAAACAACAAGAACCAAUUCUUUCAAA